AUGAAACUAGAAUUGGAUAACCAGAAAGAAAGCACCGAUUAUGAAGAGGGUAGGGAAUUGGAGCAUUCCUCAAGCAAUACACCAGUACUCGAAUUUCGAGAACCAGAACCAAUAGAGCUAGAGAACGCAAUUCUUCCUUUAACUCGCAAAGAGCGAAGGAUCAACCUCUUACACUGUUGCAUCAUCUCACUAACGGGUCUUCCCUUGGGCUGGGAUGUUGGAACUACAGGGCAUAUUGUGAGUCUGAAAGUCUUUUCUGAUAUUUUCCUUAACUCGGCUACGUCGGUGAUUGUGGUUGGCACCAUUGUCUCUAUUUUGAAUUUGGGUUGUAUAGUCGGAGCGAUGACAAUAGGGCGAAGGGCCAAUUCGAUUGGAAUGAAGUUGAGCAUUUGGAUAUCACUGCUUGUGUACAUGCUCGGAACUGGUAUUGAGUUCUUGUCUUUCAAUUUAAAAACAAGUUGGUGGAUCUAUGCCCUUGGCAGACUUCUUUGUGGGGUAUUUAUUGGCGUCCUAGGGGUUGUUGGACCAACUUACAUUGGAAACAUAGUCAAGGUCCCAAAUGCGAAAAGAAAGUGUAUCUCUUGGCACCAGAUCAGCUGCUGCUUUGGAAUAGUGUUGGGAAAUGUGAUGAUUCUUGCAUUCCGAGAAAAAUCUCAGCUACUAAAUAUUAUUGGACUGACAAAGUCUCUUAUCUGCUUACUAGUCAGUGCCAUAGUAAUAGUAGUACCAGAGAGCAAACUGAAGAGAAGAACAAUUCGAGAUGGUGAGGUCCUGGAGCAUAAAAAUGUUGAGAUAUUUCAAGCCAAGUUCAUGAUCUCAACUGUUUGGAAGACAUUCCCCAGCAAGCAUUUAGUUGAUAACUUAAAAUGCUGCUCUAUUAUGGUGUUGCAACAGUUAUCAGGCAUAAACUUCUUUUUCUAUUACGUUGGAAUCAUUUUCACGGGGAUUUCACCUAUGAUUCCUACAAUACUACUUGGAGUAAUCAACUUCGCAACAUCCUUCGUUUCUGGUUCUAUUUUUGAAAAGAUAGGAACGAGAAGAAGCUUGUUUAUAGGUUCAAUUGGGAUGUCAAUUUGUAUGAUUUUAUUUGCAACAGUGGGAUUAUUUGGAGUGAAACACAAAUUGGACUUCGAGGGAUUUCUUGUUGUCGUGGUUGGUACCUACGUUAUACUUUUUGCAACUAGUUGGGGCCCAGGUUCAAGUGUGAUGGUAAAUGAGAUUAGUGUCACGAGCGAGUCAAUGGCUAUUGCCAUAUGCUCCAAUUGGUCUGCCAACUUCGUCGUUGCUAUCUCUACUCCGGUUCUUAGUUCCAAGAUUACUUUUGGGUUAGGCUAUAUUUUUGCAUUCUUCCUACUUGUCAGUGCUGCUUUAGUCGAUUUUUGGUAUUAA